UAGGUUUUAAGCUUAAGCCCCCCGCAUUUAUUUCACUCUCUUUUCUUUGACAAGUAACGUUGCUUUCUUCCCUAAAAUCUCCAAAUCACCUUUGCUAGGGUUACUACCGAAGGAGGAUUGGACAAAAUUUCCGAUUGAAUAGUGGUAAUUUCACUCAAGAUUUAGGAGACAGGAAAAUGAGCAAGUCUUCUAAUAGAUCGAGGAAAGUAGAGGAGAGUGAAAGCAACUCUGAGCUUGAGAAUGAUGAAAUGUUAAAUGAGAUGUCGGAUGAUGUUGAGAACUUUGAUGAAGUCAACAACAGCGAUGACAACAAUGACUAUAGUGACAGUGACGACGAUGAUGAUGUUAACCAUUACAACAAUGAAGAUGAAAGUGGAGAACAAGAGGAAGAGGAAGACGAGGAAGGAGAUCAAGAAGAAGAAGAAGAAGACGGAGAGAAACUGACUGAGGACCAUAAAAUUGCUGGAAUUGAAGAACUUAAGAAAGAAUAUAUGGAGCUUAAGCACAAGGAACAAGAUCUUUUGGGUAAUCUGAAGCUCCAUAAAGAUGAGGAUCUUCUCAAAGGCCAAGCAGUUAGAAACCAGAAGGCACUCUGGGACAAGACACUUGAACUAAGGUUCUUGCUGCAAAAGGCUUUCUCAAACUCCAAUAGACUUCCGCAGGAACCAAUAAGAUCUUCCUUUUGUGAUUCUAAGGACAGAGUUAAAGAUGCAUAUUCAGAUCUACUUGCCUCCUCCAGAAAAACCUUGGAUACUAUACUGGAAUUGCAAGAGGUACUGCUUGAGAAGAAUCCAUCAAUUACUCAAUCAAUGGACGUUAAUUCUGGUAAAAGGCCGAAGCUUUCGGAAGAUUCUGUUGAGUCAAAUGGUGAAGUUGAUGAAGAUUGGCAGAAGAUUUCUCAAAUGCAUUCAAGGAUGGCUGUUUUUAGGGACAAAUCGAUAGAUA